AAAAAAAGAGGGGGUGUGGUGGUCGAGGGGUAGGUACGGAAACGUCCCGUGCGGGAUGGGAUCGGGGGAUCGUGAGGAUGGCGAAAGAGGUUGGGUUUGGUUGGUGGGAUGAACGUGUGCAGGCAGCGAGAGGUGUGUCAACACAACAACAACAGAACAGGACAGGACAGAACAGAACCAGGCGAUCGUCUAGACAGAUGCAGGGAAAGGCCGUGAUGCGCGAUGCGCGAUGCAGGCGUUAAGAGGGCUUUUUUCCGCUAGACACUGGCAAAUGUGUCGGGAGCUAGAGGCGCGCGUGCAUGUGCAUGAUAUGUAUGUAUGGAUGUAUGUAUGUAUGUGCGAGGGCUGCGCGUCUUGUGGGUGGUGGGCAGACGAACGUAGUUCACGGCGGCGAAGGAUUCAGUCCUGCUCCCCUCCCCUCCCCCCCAUGCCGUGCUGCCUCGCCCGCCGCCACAUUGUCCCGCCAUAGACGCGGCAGGACACCCUUCACGGCCUCUGUGAGGUGGUUGCUUCUACACCGCCAGUCUCUAGAUGGUGCCUCGGGCCCAAUCGCAAACCACCAUCCCUACUGGCCAGGCGCAAACGUGCAUAACAAGCUGCCGGAUUCGAUUGCGCACGAGGUGAUUUGGUACGUGGACAACGCAGCGCGGUUCAGAUUCUGCGCCCUGGACAUGACGGCCGUGGCGGGGGGGUUGUCAACAGCCUGUCCAGCCCAGGAAGGCGAGAAGGCGAGGAAGGUAGGUACGACGACAGCAGCCGUCCUGACAGCUUCGGGCGGGAGGGGCAUAUUUCACGUCACUAGUGUACCACAGUUCCCACUUUGUUACAAAGACAUGCCCAAGGCCCCAACACACGCAGCGCAUCGAAUCGAAUUGAACUUGGGUCGUUAUGGAAUUUAUCACCAUGCCUGCUGCAUAGGUGGCAAAACGAUCUAGAACGGACACACCACCCACCAUACCUGCAUACAACGCCCACACACACACACACACCAAAGCACCGCGACUCCGCCACCCCAGGGUAUCAACACAAGACAAUCCACCAUCGUCCCCAAACAAAAAACCAAGCAACACAGCGGACGCUAGAUACAG